AUGGCUACCAACAUCACAUUCCACCCCGGACACGUCUCCUACGACGAGCGAGCCGAGCUCCUCUCGCAGCAGGGAUUGACCCUCUGGCUCACCGGUCUCUCGGCUUCGGGCAAGUCGACCAUUGCCACUGCUCUCGAGCAGCACCUCCUGCACCUCAAGAAGUCGGCUUACCGCUUGGAUGGCGACAACAUCCGCUUCGGCCUCAACAAGGACCUUGGUUUCUCCCCCAAGGACCGCGAGGAGAAUAUCCGACGAAUCUCGGAAGUUUCGCUCCUCUUUGCUUCGUCGACCGCCAUCACCAUCACCUCGUUCAUCUCUCCCUACAAGGCUGACCGCGAGAUUGCACGAAAGCUGCACGAGGCUCACGUGCCCAAGCUUCCCUUCAUCGAGGUGUUUGUCGACGCCAGCAUCGAGACCUGCGAGAGCAGAGAUCCCAAGGGUCUCUACAAGAAGGCGAAGGCCGGCGAGAUCAAGGAGUUCACCGGUAUUUCGGCACCAUACGAGAAGCCCGAGCAGCCAGAGAUUCACAUCGACGCCGACAAGACUUCCAUCGAAGACGCUGUGAGGAUCAUCACCGAAUACCUCAUCAACAAGGGCUACCUCAAGCUCUAA